GUUUUAACAUUUUAACGAAAGAAGAAGAAUAGGAGUUACUGUGUCAGAGAUUGAUUUUUCUUUCUCUUCUUUCUUCCUCCUCUUUCAUUUUUUUUCAUCAAAUUAGGGUUUUCAGCGAAAACCUAUUCGUUGUUUAUUCUUCGCCACGCAUCACCGAAACCGAACCACUACACGGUUCAUGCGAUGGACAUGUCUGAUGCUGUGAUUGUCAAAUCUAGUAGGUUGAAAUCUGUUGUAUGGAAUGAUUUUGACAGGAUUAAAAAAGGCGACACAUGUGUGGCUGUUUGUAGGCAUUGUAAAAAGAAGCUGAGUGGAUCAAGUACGAGUGGAACGUCACAUCUAAGGAACCAUUUAAUCAGGUGUCAGAGAAGGUCUAACCAUGGUCUAGCGCAAUACAUUACAGCGAGAGAAAAGAGAAAGGAAGGGACUCUUGCAAUUGCAAAUUUCAAUUUGGAUCAAGAUUCAAACAAAGAUGAUACCCUUAACCUUGUGAAUAUCAAAUUUGAGCAGGCACAGUUGAAAGAAGAAUCUCUCAACACUGGAAGUAGUAACUUCGAUCAAAGACGUAGUCGAUUUGAUCUUGCCCGCAUGAUUAUUCUACACGGAUAUCCCUUGGCCAUGGUUGAACAUGUUGGUUUCAGAGCUUUUAUAAAAAACCUACAGCCCUUGUUUGAGCUUGUUACAUUGAAUCGGGUUGAGGCUGAUUGUAUUGAGAUAUAUGAGAAAGAGAGGAAAAAGAUGAAUGAGAUGUUGGAUAAAUUACCUGGAAAGAUCAGUCUUAGCGCUGAUGUGUGGACUGCAACAGAUUAUGCUGAGUAUUUGUGUUUGACAUCAAAUUACAUCGAUGAAUCAUGGCAGUUAAGAAAGAGGAUAUUAAAUUUUAUACAGAUUGAUCCUUCUCAUACUCAAGACAUGCUUUCACAAGCUGUGAUGUCUUGUUUGAUGGAUUGGGAUAUUGACCGUAAGUUGUUCUCCAUGAUUUUGGACAGUACUUCUACCUGUGAUAACAUUGCAUCUAGAAUCGGUGAGAGACUUAUGCAAAACAGGUUUCUUUAUUGUAAAGGUCAAUUAUUUGAUAUACGCUGUGUUGUGGAUAUUCUUAAUGUCAUGUCUCAGAUUGCUUUGGGAGGUAUAAGUGAGAUAGUCAAUAAGAUUCGUGAAACAUCUCGAUAUAUUAAAAGUUCACAAACUGUACUGGGAAAGUUCCAUGAGAUGGCUAAAGAAGUCGGGAUCAUGACUCAAAAAUGCUUAUUUCAAGAUAAUCCAACGCAAUGGAAUUCGACAUAUUCAAUGCUUGAAGCUGCUUUAGAAUUCAAGGAUGUUUUAAUUCUUUUGAAAGAAAAUAUCGGUGACUGUAAUAUCUCUUUAUCUGAAGGAGAGUGGGAGAGGCUCUCUUUAUCUGAAGUAGAGUGGGAGAGGCUCACCACAGUUACCGGCUACUUAAAGCUUUUUGUCGAGGUUAUAAAUAUUUUCACUAGGAGCAAGUAUCCAACUGCAAAUAUAUAUUUCCCCGAGCUCUGUGAUGUUAAGUUACAUUUGAUUGAAUGGUGCAAGAAUUCAGAUGCGUGUAUCAGUUCUUUGGUGUUGAAGAUGAGAAGCAAGUUUGACGAGUAUUGGGAAAAAUGCAGCUUAGGGUUGGCAGUUGCUGCCAUGUUAGACCCUCGAUUCAAGAUGAAGUUGGUCGACUAUUAUUAUCCCCAAAUCUAUGGUAGCAUGUCCGCAAGUCGGAUUGAAGAGGUUUUCGAGGGUGUGAAGGAUCUUUACAGCGAACAUUCCAUAGGCUCGCCCUUAGCUUCUCAUGACCAAGGAUUAGCCUGGCAAGUUGGUAACGGUAGUAGUCAACUUUGCUUGCCGUGGUCUGCGAAGGACUCAAGGGACAGGCUGAUGGGGUUUGACAAAUACCUCCAUGAAACUUCUCAAGGCGAAGGUGCAAAAUCAGAUCUAGAAAAGUACUUAGAAGAGCCUCUUUUUCCGCGUAACGUUGAUUUCAACAUAUUAAACUGGUGGAAAGUUCACACUCCGAGAUAUCCUGUCUUAUCCAUGAUGGCACGAAAUGUUCUAGGAAUUCCAAUGUCAAAGGUUGCACCGGAGUUGGCAUUUAACUAUAGCGGAAGGACCCUUGACCGUGAUUGGAGCUCACUUAGUUCGGCUACUGUCCAAGCUUUGGUGUGUUCACAGGAUUGGAUACGGAGUGAACUGGAAAACUAGAGGUUUUGCUUUUCCUAUGCAUUCUAACUGUACAUGCCAAUUCCCCCUUAGAAAUAUCGCCAUUGUAAGUUGGAUCUUCUUCUAACUUCACAUUUCAAUUUUCCUUACCUUUUGUCUGCAAGUUCUAUUUGUUUAGCUCACAACCUCAUGAAACUUAGCAACUUCAUCUAUGAUAACUUUAGAGCAUUGUUUUUUUGUUAAUAUUUUUGGUCACCUGUUGAAAACAAAGUAUCUUAUCUAGUGCGGCAAGAGAAGUGGUAAAUAUUUGUCGGUAUAGAACGACCAUUCUACUUCUGUCAAGAACAUCAAUUUUCCAAUAGUUUAAUUAUUUUCAGUUCCUCAAAUUGUAUUAGUUUUUGCUUUUUUCUUA